GCGGCCAUAGUUUGUUGACAUGUAUUGGCAGACAAUAUUAUUUACAUUCGACGCAUCAUUUCUCCGGAUUAUAACAACUUAGCACGUUAAUUUCCUUGUCGCUUCUAUGCACAUCGUUAUGUCUACAAGGUAAAGUCAUUUAUUUCGUUAUUGGCACGGCGGUUAGGUCGUUUCCAAUACAGCAUAGCGUAGCCUUCCCUGUGUUAGCAGCUACUCAAGGAAAACCAUUAAUAUAUUUGCUCUACAGUUUUGAAAAUGUUGUCAAGAGGACGGAAGUUUGGAAAUGAUACAAUCGACGUAGCCAACAAAGGUUGCUGGGAACCAUAUGACACACUGGCCUGUCUCCGCACCGGCCUUCUCACCACUGCAUCGACCAUCACUCUCAUAUUUAUCAUUGUGAAGAUUGUCAAAUAUCAUGUCUUCCGCAAUACUCGAAUGCACCACUAUGCAAUAUUCUAUACAUCAGCAAUUGAAUGUAUUGUUUGCACAACGAGUUUUAUGGUGGGAAACAGAUUUCCGCAGAUUGAAUUAGCAGCUUGCUUCUUGAAACUUGCCAUUUUUGCACUGGUGUGUCAUCUUCAUUGGUCCCAUGCUGCAAGAUCUCUUGGUCGGCCAGACAUCAUGCAGCAUGUAGUGAAUCCAGUGCUAUGUCUAUAUCUUCUGUACUGUGUUGCUGUUGCUCUCAUGGGGAUGGUAGAUGUGGCAGGGUCCUGGAUUGAAUGUCAACGACCAUAUUGGUUGAUGUUAUCAGUCGCAGACUUCAUUUCUGUACAGCUCUUUUCAACUGCAGCUUUGUAUAUUCUACAUAGAUCAGGUGGAGUCCAAAGAUCUGAGUACAGAGACCUGUGGAGUGUUAUUCUUGUGUAUGAAGUCUCAGCUGUUCUAUCUCUUACUUUUGAUAUUGUCAUGAAAUUAGUUGGUUCAACUGAUACUGGCUGCAGUGGCGUCUUCGGCCAUACUCAACUAUUCUAUUCUAUUAUUAUUUCUAUAUUUGGACUGGCCAAAUUUCUUGUGCCCCUGUGGACUCUUUUGUGUGUCCUUCAACCCUAUGAGGAUCGUUCAAGGGCUUCAGAAGUAGCACUUGCAACAAGUUACAAUAUGGAUGGUACAUCACCUCCAGUGUAUCCAGGGAUGGCAAGUUUUCAUCAGUAUGAACAGAUGAGGCUGCCCAACCCUCUAGGACUUCCUCAUCUUCAUUCUCAACAGGUGGGCUUCAUAGAUAUGGCAUUUCCGGACACUGAUUCUUCUGUCAACUCCUCCCCAACUAACUCCCCAGCUCAACUUAAGCUGUGCGGCACCAGUUCACCUGCCCAGCAUAAGCUUCCAGCUUUUAGUACGCCAUCGACUGCUGUUCCUGCAUUUGGCUUGUCCACCAUCAGUGAGGAAUCUGGUGGUGUGGAGGUUACCCCUUCUCCCUCAAUCCGGAGUGAUUCUGUUGAAUGGAAACAUCGACCUAGACCCUCAUGAUAAUUUCUUUAGUAAUUUAAUAAGGUGAAGACCUUUUUGAUAUUUUCCCCUGUUGAUACUGUAAAGAUAAUCUUGUUUUGGGCUCUCAAAAUUUUUUUCUUUUGUUUUUUUUUAUUUUGUUUUUUGUUUUAUGAAAGUGUGUUUCUGUAACAGAUUAUCUUCUUAGAAAGCUAGAGGCCUCAUGCCCCAACCAAAUGAUGAGCCUGUUAAGACUGACAUUAAUUUUUUUGUGAUGCUGAGUAGACUAAUUACUUUUUAGGGGUUCAUUAUCAUUCUUACUGUUCUUGCCUUUUUGUAUUUAGAAACCUGACUGAUCAAAUUAUUUCAAUAUCUGUGCAUUCACUUUUGGUUUUAAAUUAUCUACUUAUAAUAAUGUGAAAUCUUACCAUUGACAGGAACUGCUCUUGAAAAUUUUAAAGAAUUAGAUGGAAGAAUGAAAUUUCGUUUUUGUGAAGCUGUUCUUUUUAGGAACCAACAGAUUUUUUCCUAUUUGUUCUUUAUCUUCCUUGUGUUUAAUGACAUUCAAUCCCACUCUACAGUAGUGUUGUAGAGGGGAAAAAAAUGAGAAGUCGUUUUUAAAAAAGAACCUCAUUACCUGAAUUCUGUUUGACGGUAGUUUAUAGUUAUCUAAAGCUAUUGCGCACAAGGUUUUGUGAGACUUUUAUGUGAUUUUUUAUAGCAUGUAGUCCUAGAAUUUCAUUGAAAUUGUGUUUUAAAACAAGGUUGUCUAAAGAUGCUUUGCUCACUACAUAGCAUGAUACACCAAAGUUAUUUUUACUUUUACAAACAUCACUUAAAUUAACUUUUUAAAGUUAUGUUUAGUGGAGUUACCCAUUCUUCUAUGCAGUUUUUAUUAACUUUUUUGUUGUGAUCUGUAGAUGCCCAUGUAGCUAUGAAUUCUUAACAAUGCUACUGUACUAAGCAUAUUUUGUGACUGAAUGAUUCUUUAUGGCUCACUCUUCUCUUGUUAUUAAUAUUAUUUUUAUUUAUGAAAGAGGAAUGUUAAGUUAAAAAGUCAAACAUGUUUUAGUUUACUCUUAAUUUUACUAAUAGAAACUAACUCAUUAGAUUUUUUCAGCUCUGGCGUGAUUUUGGACUGCUGAGUUUGCUUUGUUAUCCUUUUUUAAUUUACAUGUCAUUCUGCAGUACUGAUUUACCAUUUACACAUGAAUUGAACUAACAUGCGCUCUCAGAAAAAAGGCAGAAGAUUGUCUUGCAUUAUUGUUGGGAAUUUUCUCUGUUGUGCUCAUUAACCAUAUUUAUGCUGGUGCUACAUUCGUAAUAGUCUCCUUUUGGUUAAAGUUAAAACCUUAGAGUACUGGAAAAUUUCAGGCUAAGAAGCUUAAAGUAAGAGGUGCAUAAAUGCUGGUAGAUUUUUGGAGGCAACUUUCCCGCCUUCCUCUGGAAAAAUCUACCCAUCCUACCUUGUUGUUUCUUCUUGUUGUUUUUCUAAAAUGAAUUUUGGUCUUUCUGUGGGUUUUUUAAGUCUUUACCUCUUCAUACAUUGGAACACAUUCUUCAUUUCUCUGGUUUCUGAUGUAAUCCUAUAUAUCAAUAUCAAUUAGUUGCUAGUCUCAUUCGUAUCUACCAGGACUAUGUUCUGGUAAAUACACGUGCAUAUAAAUAUAAUAAAUGUAUAUGUAUAAAUAGAUACAGUAAGUAUAUUUGUACUAUUAUGUGAUACUUUAAUAUAUGUACAGUCCUUUUUUUAUACUCUCGUUUAAAAGGAGUCUGUGUGUUUCAACUCUUCUAGUAUUGUAAUGUAAUCUCAAAUUCUAUGUAAAAUUUCAGGAAUUAUAAUUUUUUCUGAUUGACUUA